ACUCCUGGCGGGAAUCGAACCCACGACCCCGACGCCAGAACACUCGAGCUGCCAAGUGUUGCCUUAACGUUCGUCGGACUAAACUUUAUAAACUACUCAAAUGAUGUUUUGGCUGUUCAAAGAAUUGGCUGCCUAGUUCAGAAUAGAGGAUCAAUACAGGUAAUAUAUUCCGUACUUAAUUGUACUAGUGAACAAAGCUGACAAGGUGAAUAUCCUUAUAAAUUAAUAUCAUGCGAAUGGACUUUUCCAAACUACUUCUAUUUUUAAAUUAAUUUUCUCCUAAUUCACUGCAUCACGGAAGCCCGUUGCGGCGGGUCCAAAGGUAUUUUUGAAUCACUCAUAGAAGGUCAAGGCAAAAAUAAAUAUUUUCAUGCAAUGAUUAACAUUCAAUAAAUGACAGCGUAGAACUUGCAGUUUCAAAGAGUGCAGUGAAUGAGACAAGUCUCUUAUGGAAUAUAAACAGUCAUUCAACCCGGAACGACUCUAUUACGAGUAUAAACUGAAGCAACCAAGCAAGUGAGAAUUUCUAAGCAGGAACAUCGAUCUUUAGCAUAUCCAGUUGCGUGAAGUGGAAGGAAAGGAAACUUGCUUGAUGCAUGAAGUCAUCUUCUUGUUUUAACUUUUCAGGCCUGACGUGUUGUGUCUUCAUUAUCUGAAUUAUCUGGAAGAUUUACUGAGCUUGACGUACACCUGAGAUAGAAAAGUUAUGAGCGCUGCUCUUUAGUUUUCAUCUAAGAUGAGAAACUUUCAUAUUUCAUCCAAUCAUUUUACCCACCAGUCUUUUUUUCUUGUCCUUCAUCAGUACUAUCUUUCCCGUCCUUAUUUCUUCAAUGCGCACGAGAAAAAAAUUUAGUAGAAAGGUCACGAAGGGGUUGCAUGAAGAGAAAGGAAGAAGAGAAAUUACCUUUUUCUUUAAGAUUAGUUCAUCCGAAGCUUGGCGAAUGUGGUAAGGAUUAUGUUUCCAAACUUAAGCCAUGAAUUUAUUGAGGAAAAGUUUUUAGAGUAAGAAGACAAUUCCUCGUAUUAUUUUUCUAACACUUUUGAAUGUUUUCACCAAUGAGGACUAUUGGGAAUGUGUAUGCUCUGACUAUGGAAAUCUAAUGUCUAUCGAUCUGAUAUGUUAAUUUUGUAUGGUGACAAAAAGUAAAGAAAGGGAAUGUGGAGAGGUAAACAGAAAAUUGGCUUGUAAGAAGAUAUUUUAAGGACAGGAAAAUGGCUAAGAUUUUGUCAAUGUUCUUAAGACAUCACCUUCCUCGCCAAAAAGACCCUGUUUACGAUCCAAUAGAAGCGAAAAGAAAGCAACAAGAAGACCUUGUAAAAAUUUAUAAACCAAGACGCGUCCCGGCCAUUCGUUUCAAAACUGAAGAAACAUCCAAGAAGCUUCGAACCAAAGAGACAGAGAAAAUGUCCGCGCGCGGAAAGGCAACUGUGCUGCCGCCUCUCCAGCGCGAGAAACCGCUCGACCAGAAGAACGUGCUGGCCUGGAAGGCAGGCCGCCGAACGAAGGCCGACGCCCUGGCAGAGACUCUGCCUGCGUGCCUCGGCAGCAAGCACUUGAGGCCUCAGCUCCUGAAUACAUCUUGCCAGUAUGGACAAAAUGUAGAAAUUAACUCAAAAAUAUUUAGUGUUGUUAACAAUACGUUUUUUCUCUCUAACAAGCUCAUUGGAGAAGAAGCCAAAGAAACACCAAACAAUAUUAAAAAAACGUUACCUGAUUUACAAAACAAGAAAAUAUCAUGUGAUAAUUACAAAUAA